GGGACGCCGCGCGCGCGGCGGGCGGUUCGAGCUGCGGGCGCUUCCCUGAACCUCCCCUCAGCCUUCCCUCGGCCUUCCCGCCGCCGCUCCUCACCCUCCCUGAGCCUCCUUCCAGCCCUCCCUUAGCCUCCCCUCCGCCUUCCCGCUUCUUUCCCUCAGCGCUCCCUGAGGCUCCCUUCAGCCUUCCCGCCAUUUCCCGCCUCGCUCCCCUUCCCUCGAGCCGCCGCCGCGGCGGCGCAGAGCUCUGGGGAUCCCAAAGCUGAUUAUUUGUCUGCUAGGAAACAGAAAAGCAGCAAACCCCCUUUUCAUAGGAACCUUUUAAACAGAGGUUUAGAAGACAAGAUUCUGCUUGCUGAUGAGACUCUUUUUAUUAAAAUACUGAAUAUUCAUUUUAAAUGGCAAAAAUUUAAAGCUGGAAUAAUACCUCAGAUUUUUUCAUGUAUUUGGAUCUUUUCUGCUUACAAAAAUAUUUUCAUCAUGAGCUGUGGAAAAGAUUUUGUGGAAACUCUUAAAAAAAUUGGAUAUCCAAAGGCUGAUGAGCUUAAUGGAGAAGAUUUUGACUGGAUGUUUGAGUCUUCAGAAGACAAAUCAUUUUUGGAGUGGUUUUGUGGAAACAUAAACGGGCAGCACGUGGUAUCUGAAGAAGAACUGCAAGAUUUUGAUAAUCUUCUCCAGCAUGGUAAAGCUGUUUUGGAAGGAAAUGCACUGGAUGAAGUCCUUAAAACCUUGGAGCCCACAGGUUCAACAAACAGUAGCCAAGAAGAGGAUGAGGAAGAAGUGAAGAAAUUAGAGGAUGAACUUCAAACUCUUCAGAAGUUAAAAAACCUUCAAAUUCAUCGGCAUAAUAAGCUCCAGCUGUUGGUUGCUACAAACAGCCACUUGUUACAAACAUUCCAAAGCAGAGAGGAAGAAGCACGGAAGGAAUGGAAAGAAGGACUGGAAGUGUUUACUGCAGCAAAUAAUAAGCUUGACAAUGAACUGCAGUCUCUUAUAGCUGCAGUGAAGGAAUUUGCCUCUUUCUUCACUGCUUCAGAUUCAGAACAAGGGUCAGAUGCACAUCCACUGUUUUUUUCCCAAAUUUCUUUGGACAGAUAUUUGUCUGUGGAAGAGCAAAGCACUGCAGCACUUACAUCACACUUAAAAAAGCUUUUUUAUGAAGGUAUGCCUAAAUGUGCUGAAAAUUCACAUGAAGAUGGCUUUCAACUUGAAGAUUUAAUCAAGCAAGUCCCUUUUGAUGAGGCUAAUGAAAUGUGUGAAGAGAGGCAAGAGAUAGCCAGGCUCCAGGCAGCGUAUAUUUGCGGUCAGAACCAGCUAAUUCAGCUGCAGGCUGAAGAGGAGGCCCUGAAUUCAGCUGUCAAGUGUGCAGAGAGCCUGCUGCAGUCCUUGGACAAGGAUACUGGACAACAGGAAAACAUUGAUGCUAAAAUAUCUAGUUUAAGUGCUGAAAUUUCAGCAAUUAAACAAGAUAUAGCUCGGAUAAAUAAUGAAGAGCUGCUUCCCCUUCUUAAGAAGAAAGCACAACUUUUGACUGCACCAGUGGUGAAAGAAUACCUAGAUCACCAAAUUGCUCGGCAGGACUGUUAUGCUGCAAUUCAAGAUAAAAUAGGCAGGCAUUUGAUAAGACAGAAAACAUCAUUUGAACUUAUUCAGCUGGCCUGUGAAAUGGAGAUGAAGAAACACCAGGAGUUCAGCUGCCAGCUUGAGAAUUUGGUAGAAUCUCUGAAACAAAGCACUGAUGAGUUAGAGCAGAGACUACAGGUGAUAGCUGAACGAAGUGAGCAGGCAAAGCCAAGGAGCACUAUUAGCCCAGAGGACGGUUUAGCUUGCAGGCUGUAUCAGCUCCUGGAAGGAGGAAGUAAAAAACAACAAUUGUUUAAAACAUACAAAAACCUGGAGCAGAUGGCUCAGAAGUUAAAGCAGGACUGUGCCACAGUAGAAGAUCAGCUGGCAGCAUCUGCUCAGGAACAAUCUCUCCUUUUGUCCAACCUAGAGGGGGAUGUGGAUGCCCUUCGUGGUGCUCUCUAUUGUGGAACAAAUCAGAUACAGCUCCGGAGUCCAGAACUUACUGAGCAGUUUCACCAGCUGGAAGUGGAUUUAGAUCAACUAAACAAUCUCCUUAAGGAUCUGGUUGCUGAUCUGAAGUCGAAGAGAAGCUUUUUAGAGUCCAAUAGGCUGCUUCAGAUGGAAAGAGACUUGUAUGUGUGUUUUUUCAAAGAUGAAGAGCAGUUGAAAGAGAUGGUGGAGAGGCUUGAGCAGCAGUCUCAGGCUAAAACCAGUGGUCUGGAAGAUGAGAAUUUCACAACCAGUGAAGUUCUUAAUGUCUGAACAGCAAUGCACUCUUAAGAAAGGAAAAUGUUAAUGUAAAUUGUCUAGGAGUUUAUGGAAUAAUAAGCAUUAGCUUGUCAAGGCUGACACUUACCUGUCACUGCAGUGAAUCUUAACUGCCACUGUUACCAGCUGAGAUUGUGUGCUGCUCUAUGGCUUCUUCUGCCCAAUGAAUUCAACCUCAGUUUUGUCAGAACUCUUGGACGUGAAAUAAUUGUUGGUUAUUUGAAAGAAGUGUGUUCAGGCUGCUCUUCUGCUGGCCUGUGUGUUCAUUUCUGCUGCACACAGCGUAGCAUCAAUAGGAACGUGAACCCUUGAGUCUUUUUGCUUGGUAAGAACUUUUUGAACUGCAAAAUGAAUGUGGAGAAGGCAUUCCAGAUUUUGGAACAAGGAUGUAAUAUGCUCAUACUGAAGAGGAGAGUUCUCAAAGGCAGAGAUAUUUCAUGAUUGUUUCCCUUACAGUUCUUCUAAGAAGACUUGGUUUUGUUAGAAAUGUGUUGGAAUAUGUACCAGAAUCUGUUUUAACUACCAAGACCAUCUGUUUUAAGACCAUUCCAAUAUCUCUUAAUUUAACUUAUAGCCUAUCUUCUCCAUUGAAAGCAGUCUAUACUUAUUGUGGCUUGCCAGUGAACAAGAAUUUUAAGUUUAUCUUUUGUACUUCUGAGUUUGCCUUAUAAUUUAUAAUGAUAGGCAUUUCAAUUCAGAGUGCUGAUGCUUUCAUACUUGUGCUUUCAUGUGCAUUGUUAGCCCGUUUAUCAAAUUUUUAUAUAGCUUCCUAAUAUACCAAUGGAACUAAAUAGGCUUUUAUAGUAUGAUGUCUUCCAGUCUUUUUAUAUUUUGAUGGGAUCAGCUGUGCUUGCUUUCAAGCACUGUACAUAUUGAUGAAGGUUAGUAUAUUUGUUUAAAUUCAGUAACAGUAGUCUUAAAACUAUUUUGAUGGCACUCUUUUAACUUCUGUGUGAUUAUAACUUAUUUUUAAAUGUGUAAUUUUUUUAACUUACUGGUUGGGUGUCUUUAUGUCUGGAUUUCAUGCUACUUAACUCUAUACUUUGUGUAUAUUAUUAAAUGCCAAACUCUAUCAAUUCAAUUCCGUGUGGUUAGUAUUUAUGGUGAAUCCCUGUGAGUUUUUCUAGGCCUGUUCUCAGGCGUGGUAUCUUGUUUGUAUUUAGUCUGAUGGGUUCUCAUUUUGAUCUGCCCCUGGGGCUAUGAUGCCGCUUCCAAGCCUGGGAAGUCAGGGAGCACUUUAACCCUGUGUGGGAAAGAAGUGUUGCUCUUAGGCAUAGAAGUUAGGAGUUGAGUGCAGGGAAGGAUUAUGCUUCUGACUCUUGGAAUGUCAGGGAAAAGAAAGCCAUUCCACCUAUCACCCUUUCCUUCACAUGCUUCUAAUUAGAAAUAGAUGGAU